AUGGCGCCUGCUCCAACUCUACCCGAAACGGAGCUCUGUACUUUCUAUGAGCAUCCGGCUGAGUCCAUCAUUCCCCAUUUGGUCCGACAGAUGCCAUACGCAAGUCCCGUGCUUCGACGGAUUCAACACUCACUUGCAUAUCCCUCCGCCACGGCCAGAAUCCUGGCGACUUUCCCGCCAGGUGCCACCCCUGGAUGCCCAUCCCCAUUGUCGGCCGCACCAUCUUCAUCCUGGCCGUCGUCCACGACGGAACCAACCCCUGCAUCCCCUGCGCCCGACGCUCAUCUCAGUUCUGCAUCGGGUUCUGCAAUUGCCCCGUCCACUACCACAACCCCGUGGCUGGUUGCACAUGUGGAUCUCUUCCGUGGCCGUGAGACUCAGAUCAUCCUUUACUCCAGCCUGGAGGCAGAAUGUACUUUUCUUCCGCAGAUCGAUCCUGUUUCCAAUGUCUUAUCCAGAGACUCGGGUCCGGGCGAAUCUGCAAAGCCCGCUGAAGCCGAUCGGGAUGGCAACGGCGCUCCGACGCAUUCUCCCCACACGAGCGAGAACCACACGGAUAGUGACGCUCAGUCGGGAAAUGCUCAGCGGAUUCCAAAAUACGCUGUGGCUUCCCUCUCCGCAGACCCGGAAAGGCUAAAGGCCGUUCAGAAUCAACUAUUGGUCUUUCUCUCGUAUCUGAAGACCCAUUUACUCCCAGAGUAUCUGGCCUCCAUUUCAUAUGAUCAUGCGAGCUCGGUAUCAUCCGCCUCGGAGCCGAUGAUAGCGACCACCACGAAGACGACGCCUUCAUCGUCUCCUUCAGCUGGCGCCUCUCUCAUUCCACCGCCGGAUCCGCGCGCCUUUCUCAUCGGAACGUUUCAUACAGGUCUGUUUGAGCUGUUGCUCCAGUCUGGAACUUUUCCACGCGUGAGCCUCGACGGGAAAUCCAUUCACGGGGCUGAUCCCGAUCCUAUUCCCGGUCUGCGGAUCCUCCGUUAUGAUAAUCCACCUUACUACAAAUAUUACUUCCCCAGAGCCAAGUUCAGCUCUGACCGCGAGGUGGAGUUCGAAACUCCCUUGCCCCAGGGGUACAGGUACCACGAUCGCCAGGGCCGCAUUGGCGUUCUUCCGUUCCAGCUGAAUCUGGUGCAGAGCCGGACCAUCAUUCCCCGGCCCCGACACCAAUUGUUGACGCUGCCGAGCGUUGCUAUCUACCACGAUGACGGGAAUGCGUCCGCGGCGCAGACUGCGAGUGAACACGCUUCGGCCGAAGAGGAGAGGGAGGAGAUGCCCAUUGCCUGGGCAUUUUUGGGCGUCGAUGGCGCCGUUGUGACUCUCUUUGUUGAGCCUGAGCAUCGAGGCCGAGGUCUGGCCUUGGCGUUGUCCAAGGAGGUCAUGCGGAAGGGCAUGUCGCCAGAUGGGGUCUUUGGAGCGAAGAAUGCCGGUGUAGAGGAUGAAGCAAUGGUGCAGGCCCUGGAGGGCUGGGUUCAUGCCGAAGUUGCGGGCUUUAAUUGGGCCAGUCGAAGGGUGAUGGAGAAGGUUGGAGGUGAAGUUCUGACGACUGCUGUUUGGGCGAUUAUUGAAGUUGUUGAUUGA